GGAGGGAGCGCGGUCGCACGGUGCUGAGCCGCGGCCGGAGUCCUCUGACUGCCAUGGACAGAAGAAAGAAACUAGGAGUAUUUUAAAAAUCGUUUGAUUUCUUCACGGAGUUAUUGCGGCCUUCUGAACUGUAGAACUGGCGCUCCCGAGUCUUCCAGUUACAAAUGCAGUGCCUUCCUCCACUUCCCAGAGCCCCUCAAGAGUAACGGAAGGGGAGUCCAGUCAUUGUUACGAAGCUCCACAAGGAAAGUGAACAGCAUCUAUAUCGUCGCCUUUGCCAGCGUGUUGUAUUUAGAGACCUGUUGUCCCUUGGUUUUCAUAAGAAUAUGACAGAUACCUAGCAUCUAGCAAAACAAUGGCAGCUGCUUACCUCGACCCAAACUUGAAUCACACACCGAAUCCCAGUGCCAAGACUCACCUGGGUCCUGGCAUGGAGCGCUCCCCUGGUGCCAUGGAGCGAGUAUUGAAAGUCUUUCAUUACUUUGAAAGCAAUAGUGAGCCAACCACCUGGGCCAGUAUUAUCAGGCAUGGAGAUGCUACUGAUGUCAGGGGCAUCAUUCAGCAGACAGUGGACAGUCACAAGGUAAAGCACGUGGCCUGCUAUGGAUUCCGCCUCAGUCACCUGCGGUCCAAGGAGGUUCACUGGCUCCACGUGGACAUGGGCGUCUCCAGCGUGAGGGAGAAGUAUGAGCUCGCCCACCCCCCAGAGGAGUGGAAGUAAGACGCAAACCUGCUUUGGACUGAUGCACAUCUGCUUUGUUGUCAUGUUAAAACAUGCGUAAGAGGAUAAAUGUGUAUUCUUAGUUUUCAUUAUGACGCCUGUACAAAAGCAAUUGGUUAGUCAUUGCAACCUGUGACCUCUUUAGACCUCUGUUCAGCCUCUGGCACUCCUUGAGCCAUCUGGUUUCAUUGUGUUGUGAUGCUCGUUACUGGGCACAUUUCUUGUCUGUCUCUCAACAGAACCCAAGCCCUUAGUCUUUUUGCUGUCUGAUCCUUUAUCUCUUGGUGUACCCCUGAGGAAAGUAUGCCUAAUUACCUUAGUAUUGGGCUGUGUAGCUUGCUUCCUGCGGCCCAGUAACCCCCAGCUCCCCUUAAAGAAAAUGCUUCUAUAUUUGGUAUUCAUAUGGAACACUGAAACUGCAAAGUGAUCUUUUAGUUCCUAGUACUGAAGCAUCAGUGAAACUGAAAUUAUUUCAAAGUGAAAUAAAAGAAGUCCCUAUAACCGUCUUUCUUCUGGUUCUCCCAUAGUAAUUUUUCUCCAUUGUUAAGUAAAUCAAAAUAUUAAUUGAUAAUUGUAGAUUUAAAGUACUGAACUUCAAAAGAAGUAUAAAUUGUAAAAAUGGGCUUCUUCCAUGGGGUUCUCGUUUUUAUAGCUAAUACCACAGAAAUAAAGAUGAUUAUGAACUGACAA